AUGGAUCGCAAUACGCAACCUCGAUACAACCUCCGCUCUUUUGGCCAGAACAUGCCAACCGCAAGUGGAACGUCCUCGACGUCAACCGGCAGCGAUCAUUUCAACGCUUCGAAAACGCCGAUGACGACUUCGCAGUUCCAGCCCAACGGGGCGCACACAUCGCAGGCGACUGCCAACGAGCCGCGGCCUUUGUGGGCACAAAACCAGCCGCCGAUGGCUGACUCGCAGAAUGUGUCGGAGAUGAAAUCGUCUCAAGACCAGGACGAGUAUGAAACAACUGCGGCGCUAUAUCCACACACUGAGAACAAACUGGGGGGUCCAGCUGCGACGGCACCGUUCUUGAGAGACUUUACCCUCGUCGCGGAGGCCGUCAAGCGAGUUCAGAUGGAACUGGUGAUGAACGAGAUGGAGAAAAUGGUCAUGGUUGGACUGUUAGUUACUCACACACAUAACAAGUUUGACCAAUCCAAAGACCAAAGACCAAAGACCAGAGAUCCCAACCCAGAAGCGCCAUUCACCGUUUAUUGCGUAGCGAAGUAUCCAAAGAGAGAAAAAGAAAAAGAAAAAGAAAAAGAACUCGAUCAGGUAGGGAAAAGAAACCAAAAAAAAGAAGAAGAAGAAGAAGAAGAAGAAAACAAAAGAAAUAAUCCAACAAUGCAGCAUGCAUCCAUCGCCAUCGCCAUUACCACAAGUAUCUAUAUCUGCAUCUCAUCGCACCGUCGGUGUUGA